UCCCCCGGGACGCCGGGAAGGUUCCGUUGCCUCGUCCCAGUGCUGCCGGCGGCAUCCCCGGUCCCGCGGGCGGAGCCGGCGGCUCCCGCCCGCCCUCUCCCGCCUCCCCCGGCCCCCCCGGCUCGGCGCGGCGCGGAGCGGCGGGAGGCGCGGAGCGGGGCGCGGGGCGCGGGCGGAGCCGCUGCCGGUGCCGGCCCCGGUGGCGGAGCCGCGGGUCCCUCCAUGCCGCCAUGGCCCCCGCCCGGCCCCGCACCGCCCGGGCCCUGGCCCUGCUGCUGGCGAUCGGCGCCCUCGCAUCUGAGUGGCCCCCCCAAAACGCCAGCGAGGCCGAGGGGCGAGGCUCGCGGUGGGACCCGGUGAGCGGAGACCCCCUGGGGGGGCCCAGCAACAACUCCAGCGCCGGGGGGGCCGCGGCGGGGCCCCAGCUGGAGCCCCCCGGGGUGGGCGCAGCAGCCACCACGGACGCGGCGGCGGUGCCGGAGGGGUGCGCGGGGUGCGCGGGCGAGGGUGACGCCAGCGCCUUGCCCCCCAGGACCGGCCCGGCGGAGGACGGCCAGGCCGCGGUCACCUGGCCCGGGGACGGGGCCGCGGUGGCGCUCGGCAGCCCCGAGGAGGCGGGGAGCGGUGAGAGGCCCACGCAGGCCUCCCUGCGCAGCCCCGCGGGGCUCGGGGGUCUCACGGCCGCCCCGCCGAGCCCCCCCGGCCCGCAGCUCGCCACCGACUCGGCUGAGUCCGACCUGCUGCUGGUGGCCGCGGGCUCGGCCGCGCCGCGGAUCCCGGUGCCCGGUGAGCCCAGCCCCGUGCCGGCAGCCACGGGGGACUCGGGGCGUCCCCCGGAGAUCCGGGAGGCCGCAUCCAGCCCGGCCCCGGCGCAGGGGGCUCGAGGCUGGACGGAUCUGACCUGGCUGCAGGAGCCCGGCACCACCACCCCGCCCCCGGCCGAGCCGCCCGCCGACCGGACGGCCUCGGAGAUCAUCGACGUCGACUACUACGACCUGUUUGAAGGGGGCGAGGGACUGGGGGGCUUCCCCGGGGGUGGCCGGGGGGCGGCAGGCUCGGCACGGCAGCGGGAGCAGGAUGGGGCAGCCACGCCAUGGGCCCUCCAUGAGCUCUAUGACGACUUCACACCCUUCGACGAAGCUGAUUUCUACCCAACCACCUCCUUCUAUGCCGACGGGGAUGAGGAGGAUGAGCUGGAGGAGGAUGAGGAGGAAGAGGAUGAGGAGGAAGACGGGGGGCUGGAGGACGAGAAUGGAUACCGGCCACCCGCUUCAGCUGUACCCGGUGCCCAGCCGGUGCCACGGGACCCCCGACCCAACGGCCACCGCGACAUGGCCCCACCACAGCCCUCCGGUGUCGUGGGGGGUAGCCCCACGGCGUGGCCACGGCCUGGGGAGCGGGGCCAGCCAGAGAACGGCACCGAGUGUCGGAGCGGUUACGUGCGGCACAACAGCUCCUGCCGCUCCGUUUGCGACCUUGUCCCCAGCUACUGCCACAAUGGCGGCCAGUGCUACCUGGUGGAGAGCCACGGGGCCUUCUGCCGGUGCAACACACAGGACUACACGUGGCACAAGGGUAUGCGCUGCGAGGCCAUCGUCACCGAUUUCCAAGUGAUGUGCGUGGCCGUGGGCUCGGCCGCCCUCGUGGUGCUGUUGCUCUUCAUGCUCACCGUCUUCUUUGCCAAGAAGCUCUACCUGCUCAAGACGGAGAACAGCAAACUGCGCAAGACCAAAUACCGCACCCCGUCUGAGCUGCACAACGACAACUUCUCCCUCUCCACCAUCGCCGAGGGCUCCCACCCAAAUAGAGAAGCGAAGGGCUUUGCCGAGCGGGAGCCGGAGGAGGAGCAUAGGUCCCUCUAGCCUUUGUCUUAGCCCACCCACCGCCAGUUCUCCCUGUCUUUCGACUGCCUUUAGCAGCCAUAGCGUCUGCCACUGGCCAUCCUGGCAGGAGGCUCCCGGAGCUGGCUCACUCCCUGCUGCAGAGAGGAUGAACCUUGGGAUGAAUUCAGUGCCACUCCACAACAUCUCACUGGGCUCUGACCCAUCCCUUGUCCACUCCAGGAUGUGGAGGGCUUGGUCCUGCAGUGGCACACACGCCUGGGAUGCAGCACACUGAGGAUGUGGAGGGGACAGCGGGGUCAACACCCUGGGAAAGAGGUUUUUGGGGACAUGAAGUGCAACCCCUCUGCUGGGCAAUAGAGCUUAGUGCUCAUCCCAUGGGAUUUGUCCUGGCACCAAUGGCACAAGCCUCGGACUGACUGAGCACCUCUCAUAGCGUCACUGCAUAGAAGGUGGUGGUUUCCAUCCUCAUAUGACCAUGGCUGCAUGACACUGGCCCUUGGGUAUCUCCAUCCGUCCGCCACUUGCAGGGCAACACUGGGAGCACCAUAACCACUACAAUGCCAGUAGGUGCCUCACCACCAUGGCUCAUCCUGUCCUCACAGCCCACCAUGCCAUAGCUCAUCCCACCCCACCAGCACCAACGGUGACGCCAGGACUGUCCAGGAACAGACAUUAUCAAACACCACUGGAGUUUGGCCCCAGCACCAGCAGUGUGGCUCUCCCCAUGGAUGUAGGACAAGCUCUGGGCACAGCCCAGCCGUGGGGGAAGAUGCUUCCAGCAGCUGUGUGGGGACAUCGGGAAGAGGUGUCCAUUGGGAAGAGGUGGAUCUGGCCUGUGGCAUGGUGGGGACAGCUGUACAUUAACUGCAAUAAAUCCAACCCCUUGGGCCUCCUGCCAAGC